AUGGGCGGAUUAUUGUCACUCUUGGGUAGAGGAGGCGGAGACUCGACAAUACCGGAUGUGGUUUUUAACCCUGAAAGCAAGAAAGCAAUAUCCAAUCCCACCGAAGACAGUCAAGAGGAAGCAUGGCAAGCUGUUCAACCAGCGGUCGCAAAGUUGAAACAAUACUUCGAAUAUUCGUCCUCCCUUGAGGAAGCCAUACCUGAACUGUUAAAAACACUUUGCGAAGGAGAUGUACGAAAAAACUUUGAACAAAACCAAUCGAUCACAAAAGCACUAGCCGACCUAUUUGAUUUUGCCUUUGAAUUUGAUUAUUUGAAGAUGAAGACUCCAUCUAUUCAAAACGACUUUUCGUACUACCGACGAACACUGAGCCGAGGAAGACUUGCAAGCGAAACAGAUUUGAGGACCGACAUGAUCGAAGAUGAAUUGGCAAACCGGAUUGCAUUAUUUUAUGCAUGCCCGACACCGAUGUUAAAGACCGUCACGGACGCAUCUGCCCUCUUUGCAAAGAUAAAAUUAUCUGUGAAGGCUAUCCAAACGUAUAGUGCAAGCGAAUACUCAAAUUUGAUGUCCGCCUUACGUUUCAACACCAAACAUCUGAAUGACCCCUCCACGCCGAAAAACAUAAAACAAUUAUUGGCCAAUGGUAAUUGA